AGAGACCAUUGAUUUUUGUUGCGCUCGUGAAAUCUGACUAAAAGUUUCUUUAUCUCCACUCCACUCCUCUUUCUCAUCCUUCUUUCUAUCGAAUGACUAUAUUUUCGUCGUCGUCACUAAAUGACAAGCGCUCAAGUCUAGGGAUGCAGCUUAUGAGCGACCAGAAGCGACGAGAUUUACGCGAUUUGUUCAACUCAUUUGAUAUCGACAAGGACGGCAAGAUAUCUCAUGCGGAGUUCCAGCAGGUGCUUGCAGCAACAGGUGUAGAUUCACACUCUGUGAUGACCAUUGUACAAGGAAACAACAAGAAAAACGAUCGUGGAGAUGAUGUUUUUUAUUCCUACGAAGAGUUUGUGAAGCUAUUUCGGCCGACACUAUCAACACCCGGACGUCGUACCGCCAAGGAACAAGAGAUGGUUGAAGCAUUCCACGCUUUUGAUUGCAAUGGUGAUGGCGUGAUAACCCACGAAGAAUUACGGCUAACACUCCAACAAUUGGGUGAACAUGUUUCCGAACAAGAAGCUAAAGAUAUCAUAGCUGAAGUUGAUGAGAAUGAGGAUGGUGUAGUAAGCUUCAACGAGUUCCUCCAUAUGAUGGGCAUGCGAGCAUCCUCUUCUUCUACUGAACCAAAGACGGCUACUACUACAUCUACCAAAACUAACACCACCCGUAAAGAUGGCAAAGAUAAAAAGGGGAAGCAUCGAUUCCAGGCUAAGCUCAAAAGAAUAUUUCGUUCAUUGUAAUAAUUACAGUAUACUCCUUCCUUUUUAUUAUACGUUCUCAGAUAUCGCAUACACCACCUUAUAAACUACUUGUACUCUAUUAAUCAUUUGUUUUAACCCCAUUUUUACUGUUCCUAUCUACUGUCCAACGUUUCUUUAUCGUUCAUAAAACAUAAAAAUAAGCAACUGC